GUGGGCAAAUGGCUAUGAGUAAAAAUGAAAAUGAGUUUCUCAGAUUCUCUUCCUCACAGCUCCUACCUGAAAAAUGCCGGUAACCAUGCAAAAGAGAUGGUCUCCUCUUCUCUAUCAUCGAAACCGGCAUCUUGAAGUUGAAGCAACCUCUCUGUUCCCGGUUUCUGGUUUUUCCCUGACACCGUUGUCUUCCUCCUCCUUUGCUGUUCUCGAGUAGGGCUUCGUGUUCUGCAACAGAGGAAUCACUCCUUGUUUAUAGAUCUGGAGGAAAUGGUUCUGGAUUUGCACUAAAGCUGUCAAAUUUGGUCACUGGUACUGGAUUUUCCAUGCGCCGGAGAUGGAGUCGAUACUCGCUCGAGCUUUAGAGUACACGCUCAAGUACUGGUUGAAAUCUUUCUCCAGAGACCAGUUUAAAUUGCAUGGGCGAACCGUUCAGCUCUCCAAUUUAGAUAUAAAUGGAGAUGCUCUACAUGCUAGUGUUGGGUUGCCCCCGGCAUUGAAUGUUACGACUGCGAGAAUUGGGAAGCUGGAGAUAAAGCUUCCGUCGGUUAGCAAUGUACAGACGGAGCCAAUUUCUGUUCAAAUUGAUAGACUCGAUCUGGUACUGGAGGAGAAUUCGGAUUCGAACAUCGGAAGGAGCUCAACCAGUACCCAAACAUCCAGCAACUCUGGGAAGGGCAGUGGUUAUGGAUUUGCGGAUAAGAUUGCAGAUGGAAUGACCUUAGAAGUGGGUACUGUUAACCUUUUGCUUGAAACUCGUGGCGGUGUUCGUUCCCAAGGAAGAGCAACAUGGGCAUCACCUCUAGCAUCUAUCACAAUACGGAACCUUUUGCUGUAUACAACAAAUGAGAAUUGGCAGGUUGUGAAUCUUAAAGAAGCAAGGGACUUUUCCAAUAAUAAGAAAUAUAUAUAUGUGUUUAAAAAACUUGAAUGGGAAUCGUUAUCUGUUGACCUCUUACCUCAUCCUGAUAUGUUUGCUGAUGCUCAUAUAACAUGUUCUAAUAAUGGAGCAAAUAAGCGUGAUGAUGAUGGUGCAAAGCGGGUUUUCUUUGGUGGUGAACGUUUUCUUGAAGGAAUAUCUGGACAGGCUUAUAUAACAAUUCAAAGGACAGAGUUAAAUAAUCCAUUAGGGCUUGAGGUUCAAUUUCAUAUUACAGAAGCUGUUUGUCCUGCCUUAAGUGAACCAGGUUUACGUGCUCUUCUGCGCUUUUUGACGGGUUUGUAUGUAUGCCUGAAUAGAGAUGUGGACCCAUACGCUCAAGAGCGGUGUACAGAGGCAGCAGGACGAUCCCUUGUUUCUAUUAUUGUAGACCAUAUAUUUCUAUGCAUAAAAGAUGCUGAGUUUCAGCUCGAGCUUCUGAUGCAAUCACUCUUCUUUUCCCGGGCGAGUGUAUCAGAUGGAAAAAAUACAAAAAACUUGUCUCGGGUAAUGGUUGGUGGACUGUUUCUAAGGGACACCUUCUCACAUCCUCCAUGUACCUUAGUGCAGCCAUCAAUGCAGGCUGUUACAAAAGAUCUUCUGCAUGUUCCAGAAUUUGGAUUGAAUUUUUGUCCUCCAAUCUAUCCUCUCGGAGAACAACAGUGGCAAUUAAAUGAAAGUAUUCCCCUGAUUUGCCUCCAUUCUCUUCAGAUCAAACCCUCACCAGCUCCUCCAUCUUUUGCUUCACAAACAGUCAUUGACUGCAAGCCACUUAUGAUUAAUCUUCAGGAGGAAUCAUGUUUGAGGAUUUCUUCCUUCUUAGCCGAUGGUAUUGUGGUCAAUCCUGGUGCUAUUUUACCAGAUUUCUCUGUUAAUUCACUUGUAUUCACUCUCAAAGAAUUAGAUAUCACUAUUCCUCUGGAUGCUGGGAAGUCAGAUAGUUGCAUUGUCAAUGGUGGCAAUACUUUUCAGAAUGCAUUUGCUGGAGCAAGGCUUCAUAUUGAGAACAUGUUCUUCUCAGAAUCACCAUCGUUGAAACUAAGCCUACUGAACUUGGAAAAGGAUCCUGCUUGCUUCUGUCUCUGGGAUGAUCAACCAAUUGAUGCCAGCCAGAAGAAGUGGACGACUCGAGCUUCACAUCUCAGUCUAUCUCUUGAAACUUGCAGUGGCUUAACAGAAAAUCGAAGUUUUAUUGACUGGUCUGAUGGUUUGUGGAGAUGUGUUGAACUACAUGAUGCCUGUAUUGAGGCAGCUAUGGUCACAGCUGAUGGGAGCCCACUUGUUACUGUUCCCCCCCCUGGAGGUGUCGUCAGAAUUGGAGUAGCUUGUCAACAAUACAUAUCCAACACUUCAGUUGAACAGCUGUUCUUUGUUUUGGAUCUAUAUGCCUACUUUGGUAGAGUCAGUGAAAAGAUAGCAAACGUUGGAAAAAUUAAUAGACAGAAGAGUAGUAGAAAGGAAUCCAUUGGAGGAAGGUUAAUUGAAAAGGUUCCUGGUGAUACAGCUGUGAGUUUAGAAGUGAAGGACCUCCAGCUUAGAUUUCUAGAACCUUCUUCUUUGGAUAUUCAAGGGAUGCCCUUGGUCCAAUUUGUUGGAGAAGAUCUGUUUAUUAAAGUUACACAUCGGACCCUAGGUGGUGCAAUUGCAGUGUCAUCGAAUAUUCGUUGGGAAAGUGUUCGGGUGGACUGUGUAGACGCAGAGGGAAACCUGGCACGAGAAAAUGGUGCAAUGGUGACUCCUCUCGGACAUGAACUUCUGGUUGCUGGAAAUGGGUAUCCACAGAUGAGAGCUGUCUUUUGGAUUGAGAACAGUAGAAAGCAUCAGCCAAAUGGCAUUUCUCCAACACUUCCAUUUUUAGAGAUAAGCAUGGUGCAUGUGAUUCCAUAUAAUGCACAAGACUCAGAGUGUCACACUUUAACUGUACUUGCAAAGGUCUCUGGUGUUCGCCUUGGUGGUGGAAUGACUUAUGCUGAAGCUCUGUUGCAUCGUUUUGGUAUAUUUGGACCAGAUGGUGGUCCUAGUGAGGGGCUUUCGAAAGGGUUGAAGAAUUUAUCUGCUGGACCAUUGUCAAAGCUGCUUAGAGCAUCAUCACUUAUUGGGGAUGUUAAGGAAGAGAGUGGAAGUUCUGAAGUUGGGGAAAAUGGUAUUCUCCUGGAAUUGGGAAUGCCAGAUGAUGUGGAUGUAUCAAUGGAAUUGAAAGACUGGCUAUUUGUUCUUGAGGGAGCCCAGGAGAUGGCAGAAAGCUGGUGGCUUUACAAUGACAAUGAUGCUGGAAGGGAAGAGAGGUGUUGGCACACCACUUUCCAGAGUCUGCAAGUGAAGGCAAAAAGUAAUCCAAAACAUGUUGGUAAUGGCACAGGAAAAUUAAAUAGGAAGCAGAAAUAUCCCAUAGAAUUUAUCACAGUUGGUGUGGAGGGCUUGCAAGCAUUGAAACCCCACGCCAGUUUUUCAUCAAGAGGAGCCAAAGGAACAGGGGGGUACUCAGGGGGGGUUAAUCUUGAAGUAAGAAUUGUGGUUUCUGAGGAUGUUGAGGAAAGCGAAAUGGCCAAGUGGGUUGUGGAAAAUUUGAAAUUCUCUGUUAAACAACCGAUUGAGGCUGUUGCAACCAAAGAGGAACUGCAACAUCUUGCUCUUCUGUGCAAGUCUGAAGUUGAUUCUAUGGGUCGAAUAGCUGCUGGAAUUCUUCGCUUACUCAAGCUUGAAGCAUCUAUUGGUCAGGCAGCAAUAGAUCAACUAAGCAACCUUGGAGGUGAGAGCUUGGACAAGAUUUUCACCCCAGAGAAGCUCAGCCGUCGAAGUAGUGCUUACAGCAUUGGGUUCACACCAACACCAAAAAUGAUUAGUGAGAGCCCAAGCCAGAGCUUGGAAUCAACUGUGGUUUCACUUGAGGCAGCAAUUCUGGACUCUCAAGCCAAGUGCUCGGCCCUUGUUGCUGAAUUUUGUAGUCCAGAAUCUUCUAUACAACAACAUCUUGUGGAUAUUAAGCAACUAAGUCAGAAGCUCGAAAAUAUGCAGAAUCUGUUGACAAAAUUGCGGACUCAACUUUUAUAAGCUUUUAUUUUCCCCUCCGCUGGAUGUGGCUGGGAAUAAAAUUUUCCAACUACAUACAUUUGGCCAUUCUUUUGUAUAUAUAUAGUAUAAAUAUAAAUACAUGUUCAGAGGAUGGAAGAAACAGACAGAAAUAAAGAGAGGUUAAUGUAGUCCAUUGAAAAGUUUUGCUCUUAAAAACAUCGUAUAUAUUAUUUAGACCGAGUAGAGGGAAAAUGUAAUAGGCUUCAUCAUAUUUGUUUGUCUCAGGGACGUUCUGCAGUAAUUGUUCUUUCUUUUACUUUACUAUUUUGGACUCGUGUGUUUUCAUAGAGUUUAAAGAAGUUAUUGAUUUAAUGAGCUAAAUUUUUUAUUUAUAUUUUC